AAUUUGCCUCGAGAUGAGAAUGUAAGCCGUAAGACGUCCAAAAAUGUUUCUUGGGAGUCUUGUUGUUUCAAGAUUUUUAAGUCUUGUCGCACAUUUUGUUGUUACUAUCAUAAUAUUUUUAUCCAAGGUUAGUGAAAAUUUUACUAGACACUUAUAAAAGUUAAGUUAAUUAUCAUACGUACUGCUGUUCCGUAACUCAACUUAACUUUAUUCAUUCAGACCUUUCAUACAUAGAUUUACAUUUUCUUACAUUUCUUUUACUGUACUAAUGACGCUGAAACUUUACUAUAUCUUAGAUGCCCGACCGUGCUUUGUCUAAAGCAAAGAUUUCGUAUUAUUUUCACAAUGAGCUUAUAUGUAUGCAAAAUAAAUGUGGGGGGCUGUGCGGAAAUCUUACCAGCUUUCACUUACACUGUUUUUCGUUGAUUUUUGUAGGAUGCUAACGUGAAAGCAUGCUUGCCACUCCAGUAUACAGACAGUGAAUUUUCAUCUAAAGAUACCGAGUAUGUAUAUGGUAACAACAUUCUAAAAUCUUUUCUGCUCCUUUUAAGCUGCUCUGUGUCAUAUUUUCAGUUCAAGUUUUGAAAGCAAAAUUAUCCAUGUAAAAAAAAAGUUAAGUGUAUGUAACACAGUUGAACUAAUCUACUAAUGGCCACCUCUCCACAACUUCCACCUCUAUGCAAUGGCCACUUUUUUUUGCAGACAGUCCAUACAUUGAAUCUUGUUUAAACCUCUCCACAAUUGCCACUCUCUACAACGACCACUGUCUUCUGUCCCCAAGGUGGCCAUUGUAGAAAGGCUCAACUAUAUAAACUACAGCAAACAAACAAAGACAACAAUGUAAUUUUUAUUAACAAACAAUAAAGUUUUAUAGUAUUCUGUGUGCCCCGCAAAUAGCUAUCAAGCUAAUCUAGGUGGGACAAAACAUUAGACAAAACCACUUUGAGAAUGUUGACUCAGAGAAGAAUUUGCAUUCUUCCAAGGGUCGUUUCAUUUUUAUUCAUACCCUACCCCCCAAACACACACCCACCCUACCCCCAUCCCAAAAGGUUGUGAGAAAGAGUUAUUAAAGGUGGUAGAAACCAGAGGUGAGAUUCAUAAUAACAAUGGAAUAUCUCAAACAGGAGUUGAACCCGGAGACACAUGUGACCUUCUACACUGUAGUUACAAGUCCAGAUGUUCUUCCACUGAGCUGUAGGAGACUUGUGGGAGAUAAGCCAAUAAACUAAGGUUCAUGGGAUAAUUUUACAACUUUGUGACAACAAUACUCAUUGUUUAGGUUGAUUAUUGGUUUGUCUCUUACUCUGGUGUUUCUGGGUGUGGAAUUUGGAGGAUUCCUAGGUGGUUGUUCUAUGUUCAGUGGCACAGCAAGUAUGUUUUGUAUCCUUUUUAACUGAUAGAAUUAUUUUUAUCUCAGUCUACUUGGAUAGAGCAAUGUCAAGUCUGCCCGGGAGAGUACUUCCUAAGUAAUAAGCUAAUGGGGAUGUGCCGCUAGAUGGGGUCGCAUUUUCAUGACUGGAUUGACUAUAAUAAUGGGAUUACUGACAUUUUCAAAAGAGUUACUAGAAUGGGGUCGGGCAUUUUUGGGAUCUUAGGGUCCAGAAAAUUUUUAUCUCUAGGAAUUUGAAAAAAAUGUUUGAAUUCAUUUUAAGAUGACUGACCUACUGGAAAUUAAAAGGCUUUUUGGCCAAAUGCAUACAGAGAAAGUUGCCAAGUAAAUUUGCCCGAAAGUGACUAAGUUGGGGUUUAGAGCGGUUUUCACUUGACUGUCGAAAGGGAUUGGUUUUGGUUUUGGUUUUGGUUUUACUACGCCCUUUGGUUGGCUAGUGUAUUUACUUUGGUUUUGGUUUUACGACAGUCAAGUGAAAACCGCUCUAUAUAAUUAUUGGUCACUAAAUAGACUAUAAUGGGUUAGGGGUUCUUAGAGACCAGUGGUAUUAUAUGUUGUGGUUCAAUUUUAUCCUUGGUUUAAAUUUUCUUUUCUUUUGUUUCAAACUAAUUAUUAUUGUACAUUACCAUACCCAAACACAAAAGAAAAUAAAAUUAAAACCAAAGAUAAAAUUGAACCACGAAAUAUACACAAGAAUGGACUCAAGGAGUGUAGGUGUUGGGGAGGUAGAGUUUUCCCUGUCCCAAGCCUUGUCUAAAUAGGGUAAUCAUCAUUUCAACAUUGUCAUCCUUCUUAUCUCUAACUAAUGCCAUACUGGAGAUUGAUUUGAAAACUCAUUUUUUACCUCAGUCUCUGGGCUGUAAUAGCUGUUUACUAUGUGUGUGUUUUUUCCUGAUCUAGUUUCAAUAAUUCAUAUAUGUAAUGUCCAAUAGCAAAUCAAGUUUGUUUUUUUUUUACAUAUGUAUUUAUUUAUGUGCAUUUAUCAUGACCUUUCCUUGACAAGUAGCAGCAAUAGCAGCCCACUCCAGUGCUGCCAUUUCAUUGUCCAUGUUUGUUCUUGAAGAGUGGGAUUGUGACAAGUUCUGGUACGUUUUUGGAUUCUGUAGGUAAGUGCUUUUUACUUCACUUUGGAAAAGAUGUAAUGUUCUUCAGCUUCGCUAACAAGACAUUGGCGAUUGCUCAUCUGAAGAGCAAACAAAGAAUCAAAGGAUUGCUUGGCAAAAACCAAAACAAGAAAUUUUAGUAACAGAACACUGAACAAAAAAAAUUGGCUUUUAAGUACCUGUAAAACUUAUGGAAUAAAAACCCUUUUUUCUGAUAUAGAAUUUCUUUUGUCUUCUAGCUAUAGUGUCAACCUUAUUUAGUGAUUGUUUUAGUGUCGAAAAAAUGUCAAAACCAAACAGAGGACAGCUAUGUUUUUACUCAUGUACAUGUAGCUGUCCCAUUUCAAUGUCAAGGAGCAGGAUUAGCUUAGUUGUGUGGUGUGCAGCCUUCUGUGCAGCAGGUUCUGAGUCUGAUUCCCAGUUGUUUACGUUAAAAUGCAAAUUUCUCUUAGUAUUUUAUGAUGAGUGGAAGGUCUACAUGAUUUGGCUUUGGCAUUCAAGUCCUAAUAGUUAUCAGCAUUAAUUUUCCCCUAACAAUAUGAAUACAUAAUUAUCAAAGGAAAAGGUAAAGAGAAUUAACAAAAUAAUCAACAAGGGAAAAUGCUUUGGUCUUUUACAAUGCAUCAAAGUAAUUCUUUCAACCUGUUCUUUAAGGAAAUGUAUGGAGAACAGGCUGGAAAGUUUGUGUUUAGAUAAUAGCAGUUGAUUCAGUAGUCAGGUCAGGUCAGAUCAGAGCUGCUCUGCUACUACAUGUAACCCAGUACAACCUGCCGCCUGGUCAGGUAGUCGGUGACUAAAUGGACUCCCCCACCAGUUUUUAGCUGGUGAGGAGGGUGGCUUGACACCCUGCAGGAUGAAAAACAAGACCUGUCAAAGUGCGGGUGAGCUCACUGUAAGCCAACAGCCAUUGAGCAAAUCUUGGCUAGGAGUCGCGACCCACCAAGGUGCAUCUAUCACAUUGUAUGGACAAUGGCUCGGCUGUGGGUGACUUAGUAGCAGAAGUGAUACUGUAAUCACUAUCUUCUUAAAAUAUUCUUUUCAGUGCCUUUCCUGUUGUCAUGGAAACCUUUGUCCUGCUUGGUGUUCUUGUCUUCCGAGCUGAUAGAUAGCAUGGGCCACAAGUUCUGUUGUAAAUUGCACUGCUGUACAAUAUUUUAUAACCUCUCAACAGCCUGUACAAAUGUGGUUCCAAAAGAAUGAGAAAAGAUUUUUAGUGCAGUUGCAGCCACAACAUGCAAAGGGAUAGUAAUGUUUCUGUUACCAACUCAUUCACAGCGCAAAGAAAGUCAGUUUUACCAUGUACUAGCCUGAAAGUCAUUUUCAUUAGCCCGAAAAAAUUUUAGAUGAGCAGUAUUAAUAAUAAAUUAAUUAAUUGUUAUAUAUUAGUUAUUUCAUUACCAGCUUUGCCAAUUAUUCAUUACAACAAAAUUUUUCUUAUGUUGACAAUCAUUGUAGAAAUUUCACUUCUUCAGAUCAGCUUGAAAACAGCUUAUGAUCGACAUGAAGUUAUUAGGAACUUAAACAACUGUCUUACAGUACUUCUGUAAUAAUAUUACAAUUAUUGAAAUCU